UAAAUCCACAAGAUCCCAGUGGGAAACAACACAAAAACUUCAUAAAAUUUAAUCAGAAUGAAAUUCCUAAUUGUCUUGAUUGCCUUGUUUGCCGUAGCCUUGGCUGCUCCCCAUGAGCAUGAAGAUGCUGAUAUUGUGAAACUCCAUUCGCAACCGGACAACAAACACUACAAUUGGGACUUGGAGACCUCCAAUGGCAUUCAUCAACAUGAAGAGGGAGAAGUAAAAGAUUAUGAGAAGGAUCAUGCCAUUUGUGGUGUGCGCCGAAUAAUGGCGCUACAGCGCCACCUGGUUGUGACUUGCCUUACUCCAGCGACACCUACUGGCUAUGGUUGGCCCUCAUCAGGGAGAGGGAGACAACCAGCUGACACCAACCUGUCAUUAUGGCUGCCCCCAUAUGUUUUGUUGGUGCCGGCUGGAAGACCAACUUCAUGAUGGAGACCAACCAAAGCCAAGCUGGCUAGAGUCCCCAAGAUGAAGCGUUCUUUUUGGUUAUGGACAGCAAGCUUACCGGAGGUGGAGUGAGACCCAAGUGGAAAUAAAUAAAGAAAAAGACAGGAACGUAAAAACCUGUAAGGGAAGAAAACACUAAACACCUGAAAAGAAAACGAUACCUGAAAAGAGAAAAAAAAACAUUAACCUGAAAAGAAAGGAAAAUAAAGUUAUCUGUAAAUAAAUAAGAUAAAACGAAGAAAGUAAAUACUUAAAAAACCCAAAACUCCACCUCCACUGUCCCGACGUUGGAACAUCAGCCAACCAGGCGAUAACAGCACAGCGUUGGUCAGCCGACAACGCCAAAGGUACCCUCUAUCAGAGCCCUUUUCCCAUACAUAAAACAGGACAAUACGCUUGACUUAGACGGACGGACAGACAGCUACCUGACACAAAACUUCUGAAAAUAAAGGUUUUUAAAUAAGGAAACCAUUAUAGAAAAGUUGUUGAGGCAGGGCUGACAUCAUUUCUUGUAUUUUAUUUAGCGCCAGGAAAUUAGGAAGCGCCCUUUCAGCUUAGGUUGAGCGCACCCAUAGGCCAGGAAGGUUUCAGUAAAAGGUACGUGGGGGCCCUUGCUCCAUCAUAGAUGUCCACCUUGUUUUAGCGUUGACCAACAACAUCCUAUAAAAGAAAGCAAUACAACUUUUAUUUAAAGAACACCUACAUAAGACUACAGCAACAUUAUACUUACCAUCAGACGGACGGACAGGAAAUAGGGUAGACGACAAGCAGGGUCGGUACCAUUGCAGGACUGGUGCUACAGCUAGGCAAUCCCAGCUCCGACAUCAAGGCCAUCACUAGGCGAGACCAGAAAGAAGAUUCGAUGACCCAUAUUGCUGGAAGGAAGAAGAGAGAAAAGAAAACGAAUUAAAUGCUGAACUGAAAGCAUUUUC